CAGUUCAACUUGGUGAGGGAAGCGGAAAGGAAAAAGGCUGUGUGUUAAAUUAGUGCGUGUCUGGACCGUCAGAGUAUAACCGUUCCUGGGUAUCCUCGGGCAACAUAAACGCCGCCGUUCGACAUAUUUGUGCCUCUGUUAUGUUUUUAUGAUGACCCAUUGAAACUGGACAAAACCUCAAGAACGACGACCAGGAGGAACUGCUGACUUACGGACGUCCACAUGAAGGCCAUAGUCAAAAAGGUGAAGAAUAAAAGCUGAAUUUCCUGUGAUUUCUAAUUACCAUUAUGCCAGCAUGUGUGCAGCCGUUAAAAUUGAGGUAUUCGUUUUGUCGUCUCCCUUGCGACCGAACAUCUGACAGUCAGCGGAAACUGAAAGGAGAGAAGGCGUCAGUCGAAGAUUGUAUUUUGCAGGACCAGCCGGUCGGGACUACGGUGUUGGGCUCUGGAACACGCAAGAAACCUUUCAAGUGCAAGGACUGCUGGAAAGGUAAAUUUGAAUUACAUUGGACAAUGCAUUCACCCUUGAAGUGUUAUGUGUGCGUUGUUUGUGGCGGGACCAUUUCUUCAAUUUCGGAAAUUAAAAGCCACCUGUGUUUUCACAAAUCACAGUUGCAUUCUAAACAGUGUGAAUUUAAUAGAGAAGUGAAGAAUGAUCAGACUGACAUUAACCUUUAUAAUGCAAAUAAGACAAAGCCCAACACUCUAAGGUGUACAGUAAAAUCCCAUAAAUUAAACGGUGAUAGACUGUCUGAAGAUAACCAGAAAAAACAGUAUUCGUUACAAGAUUUUAACCAAGAACAGGAGGUAAUGGAAAAACCAGUAAUUAAAGAUGAAUUUGAAGCCAGCUUGACCCCCAAAUGUAUGCAAUGGUCGAGUGAGAAGGAAGAGAAUUUCAAUUUGGCACGGAGAUAUGUUUUAGUAAAAACGCCGUCCUCUUUAUCCCAAAUUGAUUUAAAUUCGAAUGUUGGAAAUAAAGAAAUGGAAAUAAAUUUCCUCUGCUAUAAAUGUGGUGCAGGGUUUACGACGAACGAGGACUUAGUGCAACACGAGUCUAUUCACAACGAUGAAGUCCUAGGAUAUGAAGCGUUGUUAAGUUCGAAAUCCAAAACUUCCAGCGGCCCAUUUUUGUGCAGCUGCUGUAGGGCACAUUUCAAGUCAAAAAUUGGAUUGAUGGCACAUGAAACACUUCACAGGUCCACUCUUGACUCUCAAAUAAAUAUUGAAAAUUCCGAAAAUCUAAAAUAUUCCGGAGGUUCGUACAAAGCAACAAAUUUAUUUUGCCUGCUCUGCGACUUAAUCUUGAAGUCAUCCAGCGACCUGAUAUCACAUUUAAGGGAUGCCCAUCCUGAUUUGCCCCAGUAUGUGAACCUGGAAACAUAUAAUGAUUGCGAAGAUAAAUUUGUAGAAGAAAUGCUCCACAGUUACGGCAGGGCUGCAAACUCAAAUAGAGAGACAUCAAAUAGUCAGAAGGUAAAAGACAACAGGGUCAAAGAACCCCUUAUACAGGAUUAUAAAGACCCUGGUAACUAUUUCUGCCUGCUCUGCAACUUCGGGUCGUCGUCGUUUGAUAUCCUUGAGCAGCACAUUAAAGGUGUACAUCCAGAUUUGAGCAUACGCCUGGAAGAAUUGCAAACGUGCAAAUAUUGCCAAUUUAUGUGUGAGAAUAAUAGAAAAUUAAGAAUUCAUAUGAGGAAGUGCAAUACAAAAAGAAAAAACAAAGCCAAAAUCAGGCGGUCUAAAAGGAUUAAACAUAUAUCUGUUAUGCGGAAUAUUAUAAAUGAAAGAACCAGAUCAGCACAUCUCGUCAAAAAGAUAAUGUAAAUAGUCUAUGUUCCAAUUUUUUGCCAGUUGGAAUCUAAGUAUAAAAUCU